AUGGUAGGAACAAAGGGCGCUACAUCCACGUCAGCAAGCGCCAAGAGCACUCCUAGAGUGGCCGAAGCCCCUGUUCAGUUCUCAAAGAGUACAUCCAGCGCCACUCCAGCUCCCUCAAGCACUAUCUCAAAGCCAGCUGCAGAUGCUUGUUCGGCCACAAAUCCCAGUUGGGAUGUUCGUGCGAGUCAAACAAACUCCUCCGGUUUGACUGCACCCGCCAAAGUUACAACCCAGUCUCCAUCUCCUCGUGCUUCUUCGCCGGCCAUUGGUGUAUCGGCAGAUAGUACGAAUGCGGCACCUUCGACUCGCAGCACGUCAACUACCUUUGAUUCAUCUGCAAAGGGGAGAAUUGGUGCUGUCUUUGGGUCGUCUGGCCCGGAAAUUAGUGCCCCUGCAAAAAGUACUAGCGGUUCUGGUUCUGGACUGUUCAGCCCUUCGGUGGACGCAUCUACAAGGGAUACGGGCCCUUCUGGCUCUGGACUGUUUGGCGCCGUGUCCGGUGGCCCUGCAAAGAGUGUUAGCGGUUCUGGCUCUGGGCUGUUUGGUUCUAGGGUGGACGCAUCUACAAAUGAUACGGGCCCUUCCGGCUCUGGACUGUUCGGCGCCAUGUCCGGUGGCCCUGCAAAGAGUGUUAGCGGUUCUGGCUCUGGGCUGUUUGGUUCUAGGGUGGACGCAUCUACAAAGGAUAAUGGCCCUUCUGGCUCUGGACUGUUUGGCGCCGUGUCCGGUGGCCCUGCAAAGAGUGCUAGCGGUUCUGGCUCUGGGCUGUUUGGUUCUAGGGUGGACGCAUCUACAAAGGAUACUGGCCAUUCUGACUCUGGGUCUAGUAUAUUUGCAAAGAACACCAAUGGUUCUAGCUUUGGGUCGUCUCGCUCUCUCUUCAAAGCCCCUACAGAUGGUACUAGCGGUUCUAUCUUUGAAAGGUCCGGCUCUCCAUUCGGCACUUCUGAAAAGAACACUAGCAACUCUGGCUUUGGUUCGUCUGGGCCUCUAUUCGGCACACCAACAAAGAAUAUGAGCGAUUCUCUUGCAGGCUCUGUCGACAACCCGUUCUUUUCUUCCGUCUCACAGGCUAAAGAUCGGGUUGAUCCUACCACAUUCCCAACUACCAAGAACCAGAAAUGGUAG